UUUUAGGGUUAUUUGCCCCUGCGUCAUUCUUCUUCUCCCGUGCGUCCACCCUGCAAGAGAAACCAUUGAAACCAUGAAGCCAAAACGUCCCAGAAUCAUAACUCUUACAUUUAAUCUGCGUUUUCCAUUCAAUAAUCCACUCUUCCUUCAUAAUUAUUUUGGUCUAUCUCUUCAUUCACCCUCAAACCGCCUCGAACUCCAUCUAUAAAUAUCGGCCCUCACUUUCCCUUCACCUCGCAACUGAAACGAUUUGCUCAAACAUACGAUCUCCUAGAAGCAACAUUUUCAGAUGGCGAAUUCAUACACACUGCUUGCGAAUUUGAGAGCCGGACGAUGCUCUAAUACUGCUGAGGUCCGCUUGCUGAGGUUCUGGGAGGCUAGAAAUAUCAACAAAGAAGGGGAGCUGAUGAGUAUUGAGAUGCUGCUCAUCGAUGAGGCUGAUACCCUGGUUCAAGGGUGUGUUUCUGCUGUUCACCAACGUAAGUUCAGGGAACGUCUUGCUGAAGGAUCGGUUUACACUCUCAGCGGGUUUGACGUUACACGCAGCAACCCAAAAUUCAAGUUGAGUGAUGGCCCUGUCUCCAUCCGUUUCAAUGAAGGAACUGAUUUUGAGAAGCUUUCUGCCACUGCUAGAAUCAUACCUACAGAACAUUUCCGCUUCCGAACACAUGAACAGAUUCUUGAGUUAGCAAACACCUCCAGACAGCUCCCAGAUGUUAUUGGGGAGGUUCGUGCAAUUAGGAGCACCAUCACGGACCGUUUACCCGGAGCACAACGCGUGAUGCUUACUCUUCGUGUGGAGAGUGAUGUAAAUGUUUGUGUAAGUCUUUUUGAUUCCUUAGCUGUUGCGUUCCACACCAAGUUAGUUGGCUACGGGCGGGAGCCACGGAUUGUCCUCUUCACCGGAAUCAAUCCUAAAAUAGUCUUGGGCAAGUUAUACUUGAAUGGAACAUCCGCUUCAAGGAUUUUCUUUGACUCUGAGACCUCAGCUGGAAAGGAUCGGCUUGAAAGGCGAGACCUUUGCUUUAUAAUCUACACUAGAUAUUUUGGUUCCCUGUAUUCUAUUACUUUUGAUGCGUUUUCAGUAUUAUCUUCUUACAGACUACAAGGUGGUGGAGCAGACGAGACAGGGUCUUCAUCAAAGGUGGUUCUUGCGCAAAAGAUCGAGCCUCUCACCGUCGCUGAGCUUAACGAGUUUGUUCUCUCUGCUGAACCUCAGAUCAUCGAAUUCCUUUGCACGGCUAAAGUAACUGGGAUUCAACUUGACGAUGGUUGGUGCUACAUUGGCUGCUCUCUCUGUUCAAAGAAACUCAUCCGUGAGGAAUCUUCAUUCACCUGUCCCUCAUGCAAUGAAACCAAUGCUGUAGCUGAACUGAAGAAUCGGGUAGUAUUUUCUGUUUCAGACCCGACUGGCACAUCGUCUUUCCUUGGAUUUGAUAAAGAAGUUGCUAAGCUGACUAAUGUGCUAGCUUCCGAAGCUGCGCAGAUUGUGGGGAUUGGUAUUAGUGCCCAUGUUGACACUGAGCUUCCUCGAACUCUCGCUGGCAUUGUUGGUAACACAUACACUUUCCAGCUCAAGCUAACAGACUUCAACUUCACUGCAAACCACCAGACCUUCACAAUCUCACGCAUGUUUGCUGCACCAGAGAUAGCUUCCACCCCAAGCUUUGCUGAAGCCGAAGAGGUCCCUCAACCGGCAGUCUCUCAGACCGUGACACGAGUAUCUGCAGCCAAUGGUUCAAUUGGCAGCCGUGAGGCAGCAGAAGAGGAACAGUUUGCUAUGGAAGAGAGUGCACGUAAGAAGGCACGUGUGGAAUGAGACCUUUUCCAAUAGCUUGACAACCACGUCUCUAUUUUAUCAGUUUACUUUCUCCAGUUUGAACUUUGCUUUUGUUUUUUUGCUUUUUUAUGCAAGACAAUUUCUCAGUGGUUGUUCAUUUUCAUUUUUAUCUAUGCAAAUCUUUUUCACCA